AUGCUCAGUCGGUUUCUUCGACAUUCGAGCGUGGCACGUGUUUUUCCUGCUCGUUACCUCAAUGUACCUUUUCAAGACGACUUAACUCCCGCAGAUGAUGAACUUUUUAAUCUUGACGGCUUCCGUGAUUAUAAGGAGUCUCCAGAGGUGAGGGCUCACAGAGAAAAACUAGGGUUAGUACAAGAGACUGAAGAACGUGAAACAAGGAGACAAAGGAUUGCUGAUGAUACUGAGAGUGUUCAAAGAGAUAUAAGCAGGUUGUCAUUGGCUGAAGCAACUACCAUGAGGAAACCAUUGGUGUUUGUGUCUAGACUAACAAACCCAUAUCUUAAUUUGGCCCUUGAGGACUAUGUCUAUCACAAAAUGCCGCUUCCAGAGGAAAAUGAACAAAACUGUAACCGAUUAAUGUUCUACUUGAACACGCCGUGUGUGGUUAUUGGAAAAAAUCAGAAUCCUUGGAGAGAGGUGAACAUGCCCUUGCUUAAUUCGCUCAAGCUACCAUUGGUGAGGAGAAGAUCUGGCGGAGGCACUGUUGUACACGAUAUGGGCAACGUGAACUACUCGUUUAUGACAACAAAAGCCGACUUUGAUCGGAAGAAAUUCGCCAAUGUCGUAUGUGCUGCUGUUAACGAAAUAGCUCUUCCGGAAAAACAAAUCAUGGUUACUGACAGAGGAGACAUUGUCACUAUAAAAGACCAGCUUAAAGUAUCGGGGUCAGCGUACAAGCUCACCAAAGGACGCUCGUACCAUCACGGAACCAUGCUUUUGAACCUGAAGCUCGAUGUGCUACGACAAUUGCUCCACAGAGACGAAGCCGAAGUGGGUUACGUCGAAAGUACUGCUUCUGUCAGUUCAGUCAAAUCACCGGUGACAAAUUUGGGAUUGGAGAAGGAUGAUUUCAUCGAGGCUGUGAGCAAUGAAUUUAAAGCAGAGUUUGGCUCAGUGAAGGAGUCUACGUCGGAAGAGAAAGAACCGGAAGAUAUGGACGAAAACGAGUUUUUCGGGCUCCAGGAUCUCGUCAAUGCCUUCUCCGAGCGUGAGUGCCAGACUUUUGUUAUUGACGACUCCACUGAGCUUCCCCAGGAAGUGGAGGACAUGAAACGCGAGCUCAUGCUGUGGGAAUGGAAGUUUGGAUCCACGGCAAAGUUCACCCACCGUUUCGUGCACCCAGAAAAGUCUCUCACGGUGGAGUUUGACGUCGCCAAGGGUCGUCUUCAGGCUUUUCGUGUUGAUGGGAAUCAGCAAGCACUUGAGGCCAUGGAAUUUCUAAACAUUAUGUUGGCACGAGGCGACGGGAUCGCAUACACUGGCAGCGACGUUGCCGGCUUCAUCACCGAUGAUAGUAUCAGUGAGUGGAUUGGCAAUGCAAUUGAUGGGCUGUCCUAA